CCCACCACUUCAUCAUCUCCCCCACCUCCGUCCAAGGGAAAGCGGACAUUUGGAUCCGUGUGGCCAUCCCCCUGGACUAUGAGACCGUGGACCGCUACGACUUUGACGAACGGCCCCUCGCCAUCCCCAUGGGCCAAGUGGGGCAGUUUCAGGGCAGGAAGUUGGGAGGGCAACACCUAAAAUCCCACCUCCCACCUCCCCCCAUUUUCCCUUGUGGAUCUGACUCAGAGAAGCCCACUGAGAGAUGGCAGAGGCUGGACAGCCUCCCCUUUUCAAGGAGGACGAGGAUAUGCCCAGGAAUUGAGUGGAACUUUACGGGGCCCUAUCCCAGCCUCAGAAGCCCCAUCGGGAGCUGCCUGUCUCCUGCCAGCCCAGCCCAUUGGCCCCUCCCUCCACACAGCUGGGAUGGGCAAGGACUUGAACAGCUCUUUGCCAAUGAGAGUGUGCCUGACCAUGUGGGCUAUGCCAAAGUGAAGAUCACUCUCAUCAACGAGAAUGACAACAGGCCCAUCUUCAGCCAGCCACUGUACAACGUCAGCCUGUACGAGAACGUCACUGUGGGGACCUCUGUGCUGACAGUCCUGGUAAGUCCCCACUGUCCUGCAGGGCCACUGAGCUCUUGA